AUGCUCGUGUGCUGCUGCGGCUCCAGAGUGGUGGAUGGGACUUGUCCCACCCUCCUCUCCCCACCUUCCCACACCCCCAAACUUCGGUCUACCUCCGCUGCCCCCCCUCCCCCUGAGCAGCUGCAAAGGAUCUUGUUCUUGGUAUACUUGAGCGAAUACCCCGACCAUCGUACUUUCAUUCUCCUUCGUCGGUCGAACUUUCUGUUUCGUUUUUCUGUUCCGGCGGAAGGCACCUUUGCACUCGAAUGAAACUCUAACGGUUGCGCGGAGCGAAGCGAUGUCCAUUCUCGACGACGACUCUUUCGAAGAAUACUUUGACCCUUCACCCGGCAACUCUCACGCUAGUGCCGAGUGCGCCGCUGCUAAAGGUCGUUACGAUUCGUGCUUUUUCAAGAGCUACAACGAACGUAUUGCUCCCCCAUUUGCUUGCUUGCCUGUUGUACGAGUGUCACAUGCAGGAGCGAGUGGAACGGACGGAACGGGAUUGACGCUGAGUUGAUUUAUUGCAGGAUACCGGGUCGGUGAGGUGCGCAUGGAUGAAUGCAAGAGUCUGUUUGACCAGUACAAGAGUUGUCUUAAUGUCUGAAUGCCCUCUUCCCUUCAGGUCCCCCAGAGGAGAGAUGGAAGGAGGGAGGGGGGGAGGGGAAAACAAGGAAAGGUCUGUUCUAACACUGGUGUUAGAAAACUUUGGACGCCAGCAGUCUUCCGAGAGAUAGGCCCCCUCCCAGAGUGCCUGUUCCACCCAAGAGAGCCACGGACCCGGACGAAGCCUGGAAGAGAAUCACGAGCAGUAAGUGAGGUUAGCGGUGGCCCGUCCGGGCUGGAGGUUUGUGGUGUGUUUGGGCCGGGUUUGAUAUCUUGCCCUUUCUCUCUCUGUUCCUCUUUGGUUUAUGCGAGUUCUGCUUUGGGGGCCUUUAUGUUUCGGCUCACGUUAGGGCCUUUCCUUUCCGUUUAUUUUUUUUCUUCCCUUUGCCUCCUCCUUAAGUAUACCCUAUCGCCCAGGCUUCCAUGGGGAUCCAUUCUUGUAUUUAGUCAGCUUGCCCGUUGCUAAUGUGGUAUCUGGUUCUUGGAGUUU